UGGGACCACACUUCUCCGCGCGAGGGGAAACUGGCGACUCCGCCUGUAACGCGAUUGGGAGACAGAGGAGGUGGAGCUGCUCCUCCGCGCCCCCUCCUCGCCGCGGCGCCGGGGACCGGACAGCCCCUUCCCCGCCCUCCCAGGACCACUCGUGGAGUUCUUGCCUCGCGGCCGGGGGGAAAAAGAGACGGUUCGGGGAAGAGCCGAAUGGGGAGGUCGAGGCUUCCCCUUGUAGAAGCAGCCCGUCCAAACUGCGCUCGGCCGGGCUGACAAAGGCAGACCACGAUCCUCCUGCCGCGCACCCGCAGAGGGGACUCACCCCACCCUCCGUACACAGAUACAGACGGUGACCGCCACGCAGGUCAUGCUGUUAUCUCCUGACCCAGCCGACCCUGCCAGGUGACCAUGCCUGUCCUCGGCCCAGCUCUUCUUCAGGCGCUCUGGGCCGGGUGGGUCCUCGCCCUCCAGCCCCCACCCCCAGCUGCCUUCACUCCCAAUGGCACACAGCUGCAGCACUUGGCACAGGACCCCACCUCAGGCACCAUCUACCUAGGGGCCACCAACUCCCUGUUCCAGCUGAGCCCAGGGCUGCAACUGGAGGCCACAGUGUCCACUGGCCCUGUGCUGGACAGCAGGGACUGCCUGCCGCCCGUGAUGCCUGAUGAGUGCCCACAGGCCCAGCUUACCAACAACCCGAACCAGCUGCUCCUGGUGAGCCCAGGGGCCCUGGUGGUGUGCGGGAGUGUACACCAGGGGGUCUGUGAGCAGCGCCGCCUUGGGCAGCUCGGGCAGCUGCUGCUGCGGCCAGAGCGGCCUGGGGACACCCAGUAUGUAGCCGCCAACGACCCUGUGGUCAGCACAGUGGGGCUGGUGGCGCAGGACCUGGCUGGGGAUCCUCUCCUGUUUGUGGGGCGGGGUUACACCAGCAGGGGUGUGGGGGGUGGUAUCCCACCCAUCACAACGCGGGCCCUGCGUCCCCUGGACCCCCAGGCUGCCUUCUCCUAUGAGGAGACGGCCAAGCUGGCGGUGGGCCGCCUGUCUGAGUACAGCCACCACUUUGUGAGCGCCUUUGCACGAGGGGCCAGUGCCUACUUCUUGUUCCUGCGGCGGGACCUGCAGGCUCAGUCUCGAGCUUUCCGUCCUUAUGUGUCCCGUGUGUGCCUCCGGGACCAGCACUACUACUCCUACGUGGAGUUGCCCCUGGCUUGCCAGGGUGGUCGCUACGGGUUGGUCCAGGCUGCGGCUGUGGCCAUGUCCGGGGAAGUGGCCCGUGGGGAGGUGCUCUUUGCAGCCUUCUCCUCAGCUGCUCCACCCGCCGUGGGUCGGCCCCCAUCGGCAGCUGCCGGGGCAUCUGGAGCUUCAGCCCUCUGUGCCUUCCCCCUGGAUGAGGUGGACCGGCUUGCCAAUCGCACACGAGAUGCCUGCUACACCCGGGAGGGCCGUGCUGAGGACGGGGCCGAGGUGGCCUACAUCGAGUAUGAUGUCAAUUCUGACUGUGCACAGCUACCCGUGGACACUCUGGAUGCCUAUCCCUGUGGCUCAGACCAUACGCCCAGCCCCAUGGCCAGCCGCAUCCCACUGGAAGCCACACCAGUUCUGGAGUGGCCAGGGGUUCAGCUAACAGCUGUGGCAGUCACCAUGGAGGAUGGACACACUAUCGCUUUCCUGGGUGACAGUCAAGGGCAGCUUCACAGGGUUUACUUGGGCCCGGGCAGUGAUGGCCAGCCAUACUCCACACAGACCAUCCAGCUGGGGUCUGCAGUGAGCAGGGACCUCACCUUUGAUGGGGCCUUUGAGCACCUGUACGUCAUGACCCAGAGCACACUUCUCAAAGUUCCUGUGGCCUCAUGUGCCCAGCACCUGGACUGUGCAUCUUGUCUUACUCAGAGGGACCCUUACUGUGGGUGGUGUGUGCUCCUUGGCCGGUGCAGCCGCCGCUCUGAGUGCUCACGGGGCCAGGGCCCAGAGAGGUGGCUGUGGAGCUUCCAGCCGGAGCUGAGCUGUCUUCGAGUGGCAACCGUGAGUCCUGCCAACAUCAGCCGAGAGGAGAGGAGGGAGAUUUUCCUGUCGGUGGCAGACCUGCCUCCCUUGCAGCCUGAGGAGUCGUAUUCCUGCCACUUUGGGGAGCACCAGAGUCUGGCCGUGCUGACCAGCUCUGGGGUGAAGUGCCACUCCCCGGAUCCUAGCGAGUCCCCAGCACUGCCAAAAGGAGCCGACCACGUCUCUGUGAGUGUGGAACUCAGGUUUGGCACUGUUGUGAUCGCCCAAGCCUCCCUCUCCUUCUAUGACUGUGUGGCAGUCACCGAGCUCCGCCUGUCUGCACAGUGCCAGGCCUGCGUGAGCAGCCGCUGGGGGUGUAACUGGUGUGUCUGGCAGCACCUGUGCACACACAAGGCCUUGUGCGAUGCUGGGCCCAUGGUGGUGAGCCAACAGAGCCCGCUUCUUUCUCCAGCUCCUUCUGCAGGAGAUGUGCCCACCCCCUUCCCACCCACAACCCCCAAAACCGCAGUCACCCCUGCUCCUGACACCCUUCCCAUGGAACCUGGGGCUCCCUCCCUGGCCACAACUUCAGAUACCCCACCUGGGGCCAGGCCCUCCCUACUUAGCCCCUGGGGGCCAGGGACAGGCCCUGGCCCCAUACCUGCCCCCACCCCCACAGAGUUGCCUUUCCGUGAGGAGCCCUCCCCUCUAGGCCCCCACAACAGACCUGGUACCGCUGUGUCCAUCCCCACUGUCUUCGGACCCACGGCCACACCUGAGGAUCUCCUGGCCCCCCACCCACCACCUUCAGAUGCAGCAGCACUGCCCCCUGUCCCUGCAGACCCUGGCCCUGAGAACCCCCCUUCUGUGAUACCCUUGGACCAGCCCCAUGGCACUGCUCCUGCCACCACUUUCCCAGGGGCCGUGAGCUCCACGAGGCCGGCUCUGGACUGGCUAACGAGAGAAGGCGGCGAGCUGCCGGAGGCGGACGAGUGGACGGGAGGUGACACGCCCGCCUUCUCCACUUCCACCCUCCUCUCAGGUGAUGGAGACUCGGCUGAGCACGAGGGCCCUCCUGCCCCCCUCAUCCUCCUGUCCAGCCUCGACUACCAGUACGACACCCCCGGGCUCUGGGAGCUGGAAGAGGUGGGCUGGGGUGCGAGUGCCUGCCCCUGUGUGGAGAGCGUCCAGGGCUCCAUGCUGAUGCCGGUCCUCGUGGAGCGCCAGGUCCACCUGCUAGGCAGGAACCUGCGCCUCUUCCAGGAUAGCCCUGGAGACACUGAGUGUGUGAUGGAGCUGGAGGGCCGUGAGGUGGUGCUUGCAGCCCGGGUGGAGUGUGAGCCACCUCCAGAUACUCGGUGUCAUGUCACGUGCCAACAGUACCAGCUCAGUUAUGAGGCUCUACAGCCAGAGCUCCGUGUGGAGCUGUUUCUGCGCCGGGCCGGCCACCUGCGUAUAGACAGUGCCGAUGGGCUGCACGUCGUGCUCUAUGACUGCUUUGUGGGACACGGGGACUGCAGCCGCUGCCAAACUGCCAUGCCCCAGUAUGGCUGUGUGUGGUGCGAGGGAGAGCGUCCACGAUGUGUGGCCCAGGAGGCCUGUGGCGAGGCUGAGGCUGUGGCUACCCAGUGCCCUGCACCCCUCAUCCACUCGGUGGAGCCACUGACUGGGCCUGUGGAUGGAGGCACCCGUGUCACCAUCAGGGGCUCCAACCUGGGCCAGCAUGUGCAGGAUGUGCAGGACACGGUCAGGGUGGCUGGUGUGCCCUGUGCUGUGGACGUCCAGGAAUAUGAGGUCUCCAGCAGCCUUGUCUGCAUCACGGGGCUCAGUGGGGAGGAGGUGAAAGGCCCUGCAACCGUGGAGGUGCCAGGAAGAGGACAUGGUGUCUCCGAGCACUACUUUGCCUACCAGAAUCCAGAGGUGUACUCCAUCUUCCCAGCCCGUGGCCCCAGAGCCGGGGGCACCUGCCUCACCCUGCAUGGCUCCAAGCUUCUGACCGGUCACCUGGAGGACAUCCGUGUAGUGGUUGGAGACCAGCUGUGUCACCUGCUGCCGGAGCAGCAGUCAGAGCAGCUGCGCUGUGAGACCAGCCCACACCCUGCGCCUGCCACCCUCCCUGUGGCGGUGUGGUUCGGGGCCACUGAGCGGAGGCUCCAACAUAGCCAGUUCCAAUACACUUCAGACCCCAACAUCACCUCUGCCGGCCCCGCCAAGAGCUUCCUCAGCGGAGGACGUGAGAUACGGGUCCGUGGCCAGAAUCUGGAUGUGGUGCAGACACCAAGAAUCCGAGUGACCGUGGCUCCAAAAGCACUGCAGCCUGGCCAGGGGCUUGGUCGGAGACGCCGCAUGAUCCUGGAGACAGCGUGCCCCCCUGGAGCCUCCUGUGGUGGUCAACAUUUUGAGGAGCCCUGUCGUGUGAACUCGUCCCAGCUCAUCACGUGCCGCACGCCUGCCCUCCCGGGCCUGCCCGAGAGCCCCUGGGUCCAGGUGGAAUUUGUCCUUGACAACCUGGUCUUUGACUUUGCAACACUGAACUCCAUGCCUUUCUCCUAUGAGGCUGACCCCACACUGCAUCCCCUCAACCCAGAGGACCCCACCACACCAUUCCGGCACAAGCCUGGGAGCGUGUUCUCUGUGGAGGGGGAGAAUCUCGACCUGGCAAUGUCCAAGGAAGAGGUAGUGGCCAUGAUUGGGGACGGUCCUUGCAUGGUGAAGACGCUGACCCGGCACCACCUGUACUGCGAACCUCCCACAGAGCAGCCUCUGCCCCAGCACCAUGCCUUCCGGGAGGCACCUGAUGCUUUGCCCGAGUUCACGGUACAGAUGGGCAACCUGCGCUUCUCCCUGGGCCGUGUACAAUACGAUGGCGAGAGCCCCAUGGCCUUUCCCGUGGCAGCCCAGGUGGGCUUGGGAGUGGGCACCUCUCUUCUGGCCCUGGCUGUCCUCAUUAUUGUCCUCAUGUACAGGAGGAAGAGCAAGCAGGCCCUGAGGGACUACAAGAAGGUGCAGAUUCAGCUGGAGAACCUGGAGAGCAGUGUGAGAGACCGCUGCAAGAAGGAGUUCACAGACCUCAUGACUGAGAUGACCGAUCUCACCAGUGACCUUCUGGGUAGCGGCAUCCCCUUCCUCGACUAUAAGGUGUACGCUGAGAGGGUCUUCUUCCCUGGGCACCAGGAGUCACCCUUGCACCGGGACCUGGGUGUGCCUGAGAGUAGGCGGCCCACUGUGGAACAAGGGCUAGGGCAGCUCUCUAACCUGCUCAACAGCAAGCUCUUCCUCACCAAGUUCAUCCACACACUGGAGAGUCAGCGCACCUUCUCAGCGCGGGACCGGGCCUACGUGGCGUCCCUGCUCACAGUGGCACUGCAUGGGAAGCUUGAAUACUUCACUGACAUCCUCCGCACCCUGCUUAGUGAUCUAGUGGCCCAGUACGUGGCCAAGAACCCCAAGCUGAUGCUGCGCAGGACAGAGACUGUGGUGGAGAAGCUACUCACCAACUGGAUGUCUAUCUGUCUCUACACCUUUGUGAGGGACUCAGUAGGGGAGCCUCUCUACAUGCUAUUCCGAGGAAUUAAGCACCAAGUGGACAAGGGACCGGUGGACAGUGUGACAGGCAAAGCCAAAUACACCCUGAAUGACAACCGCCUGCUCAGAGAGGACGUGGAGUACCGUCCCCUGACCUUGAAUGCGCUGUUGGCUGUGGGGCCUGGGGCAGGAGAGGCCCAGGGCAUGCCUGUGAAGGUCCUGGACUGUGACACCAUCUCCCAGGCCAAGGAGAAGAUGUUGGAGCAGCUUUAUAAAGGCGUGCCUCUUGCCCAGAGGCCGGACCCCCGCACCCUGGAUGUUGAGUGGCGGUCUGGGGUGGCCGGGCACCUCAUUCUUUCUGACGAGGAUGUCACCUCGGAGGUCCAGGGACUGUGGAGGCGCCUGAACACCUUGCAGCACUACAAGGUCCCGGAUGGAGCAACUGUGGCACUCGUCCCCUGCCUCACCAAACAUGUUCUCCGAGAAAACCAGGAUUAUGUCCCCGGAGAGAGGACCCCGAUGCUAGAGGAUGUGGAUGAGGGGGGCAUCCGGCCCUGGCACCUGGUGAAGCCAAGUGACGAACCGGAACCACCCAGGCCUCGGAGGGGCAGCCUUCGGAGCGGGGAGCGAGAGCGAGCCAAGGCCAUCCCUGAGAUCUACCUGACCCGCCUGCUGUCCAUGAAGGGUACUCUACAGAAGUUCGUGGACGACCUGUUCCAGGUGAUUCUCAGCACCAGCCGUCCCGUGCCGCUUGCUGUGAAGUACUUCUUUGACCUGCUAGAUGAGCAGGCCCAGCAGCACGGUAUCUCCGACCAGGACACUGUCCACAUCUGGAAGACCAACAGCUUGCCACUGAGGUUCUGGAUCAAUAUAAUCAAAAACCCGCAGUUUGUGUUCGACGUGCAGACGUCUGACAACAUGGACGCGGUGCUUCUCGUCAUCGCGCAGACUUUCAUGGAUGCCUGCACCCUGGCCGACCACAAGCUGGGCCGGGACUCCCCCAUCAACAAACUUCUGUAUGCUCGGGACAUUCCCCGUUACAAACAGAUGGUGGAAAGGUACUAUGCAGACAUCAGACAAGCCAUCCCGGCCAGUGAUCAAGAGAUGAACUCCAUCCUGGCUGAGCUGUCCCGGAACUUCUCUGGAGACCUGGGGGCACGAGUGGCCCUGCACGAGCUCUACAAGUAUAUCAACAAAUACUACGACCAGAUCAUCACGGCCCUGGAGGAGGAUGGCACAGCCCAGAAGAUGCAGCUGGGCUACCGGCUCCAGCAGAUUGCAGCCGCUGUGGAAAACAAGGUCACAGAUCUGUAGGGCUUCAUGAGCCCUGGCCCGCUGUUGCCUUAGCCCUGCCUAGGCAGGUCUGGAGCCAUGAGGGGAGACACCACCUUCUUAGAUGCUGUAGUGACUGACAAGCAGGGUUAGUGGAAGGUGGGCUCCCAGCCUCCCAGUGCCUCUGGCCUGGGCCCUGUGGGACCCAUUUUGCAGGCCCUGAGGUACAUAGGGUGACACCCAGCCUGCUCCCCAAGCCCAGUGCCCUGUGGGCUACUUCCUAUGGGACGCCUGUCUGUGGGGAGUUGGGGACCAAGGGCUUCCAGAGAGUGGCCAGAAAGGGAGACUGUACUACACCUGUACACUGGCCUUUGUUCCACCGGGGUUCAGAGAGGAUGAGGAGAGCCCCCACCUACCCUGCUCCAUCAUCCCUGACCUGAGAUUAGCUGCCUCUGGCCUUGUUGCUGCUGCCACAUUCCUAGGCCUGAGAAAUGGACGCCUUUCCUAGGCCGCCACAAACUGAUGCCUCAGCAGGGCUGGCUGCCUCAGGACCACCCUGCCUCACAGGCAGCCAGCAGUGAGGGGCAUCUGCUACAGGGUGCCUUGGGGAGAGGGGUGGCCCACUGACCAGCUCUUCAUUAAAGAAUAACACACUGCAUGGAGUCAGGCUUUGGUGAAUGGGCUUAGCCCAGCCCCCGCCUAGUAUGAGGGUGGCUGCUGUGCCUGGCAGGCUCCAGAGGGAGGUGGUGUCUGCACCCUGGUGUGGGCUCAUGGCCCCCAGGUACUGUGCCAGGCCCUAGGGCUGGCUGGACUCUCCUUAGCCUCUGGGCAGGGCCUCCUGGGUCAGAGCUUCUGUGAAGGAAGCGAGAUGUUCCUUUAGGGCAGGGUAGGGAGGCCAGCCGCCCAAGGUGAACAGGUCUGCCAUCUCAGAGGGGCCUGCUUCAUCUGUAGUUUGGAGUGUUCUGCAAGUUGCGUUCCACUUGUCUUCCAAGGAACUGGGAAAGAUGGCAUCGUUACAGGCGGCUUUAGGCAGAGUGGGUCUUACGGGUGCUUUUUUGUGGUCCUGUUUCUGGGCUGCCCUAACCCCUCUAGCCUGGAACAUUCAUUUUCAGGGACUACCCGGUUACUGGGUUGCCUUCUAAACCAAGGCGUCUUGGGGUGGGGGCCUCCUAACACAGCUGCCUGCCUGCGUGAAGGCCACCUUGUUUGUGUGUGUGUGUGUUUAAUUAUUUGUAGCUGAAGGUGGGCUUUGAGACUGUCCUAGCUGGAUCCUGUGUGGCUGGAGUCCCCUUGACUGAGACCAUCCUCUACCUCUGUAGGAAGCCCGCCUGCUGAAAACAGGCACACUGAGGGUCCCUUAGCCCUGAGGUCUUCAGAAUCCCACCCCCUUGACCCUCUACUUCCUUCCCCUGCCUAUAACUAAGACCCUACCCUCCCUCUCCCUCUGACAUAGAGGCCCCAGCUCCUGCUCAGGGAUCUUUGUUGAGGAUUUGAAGAGACAGAGGCAGAUAUGAUUCCAGGGGGUCACCUCUGCCUCACCUUGUGGCUUUAAACAACAGAAAUUUUUUUUUUUUUUUUUAUCCCCGAAGUCCUUGUGCCUGCGACAGCAAGAGCCACACUGGUCUUGUCCAUGUCAGGUGGUGUUGCAGCUGCUGCUCUGCAUUGGUUCUAAUGUCUUUCCUUCCCCAUUCUGGUUGAUGUCAGAACCCACCCAGAUUCGUGUCACAGAGACAGGGGAGCAGUCAGGUGCCAUCAGUUUGGGAGCAUGUGAACUUCAGUCUCUCAGAUGAGAGGGUGGCCCCAGCCAGAAGGUUUGCAUAGUCACUCAGAAUGGCUCAGAUUCUCCCUAUUGGCCGCUCUGGCCAAACCGUGGGGUUGAUCCCCUAUCUUGACUAUCUCAGGAGUGGGGCCAAUGAGAAUUCAGCUUAGGGUGGACAUCAAGCAGGUGCAGAGGACAGGCAGCCUUGGUUAGCACCACAGGGUCUAUGACAGACCCGUACCUCUGUCCCAGGCUCAGGUCCAUUGGUCCUGGGAGGUGUGUAAUGGGGGCAGGUGAGGACUCUGGGAGAGAGCCACGUACCUGCACGCCUGGGCACGUACACAGGAGAGUGAGUGCUGCAUAAGCCGUGAGUCAUUCGCUCUCUCUCAUGUCUCACCCCUCACAGAACAUUGUUAUAAUAACAGCUAGAAAGAAAAAAAGCCUUCUACAAUAAGACAGGAAAUUCCAAGUCAUUACUUAAAAGCCAUGGAUCAGAAUGGAGAUUCCAGCACUAAUAGGACUUUGUGAUUGUUCACAUGGGUCUUGCCUAAGAUGUCAUUGUAAGACACUUGUCAUUCACUUUGCUCAAUCUUUUCUUACUGUUUUCUCAUCAAGAUCACAGAAGUGUGCCUUCAUUACUACGUUUUUCACAAACACGUUAUUGUACGAAGGGACUUUGCUCCCAGUUUUCACUGGGGACUCCUUACGGGGUUUAUGGAGUGAUCUGCUGUAUUAAGAGAACUCCCACCAACUUAAAUAUUGGGGUCAUUGUCCAAAUGGUUAGAAGAGGCAGGAAUUUUGUAUUUUUACUAAUUUUUGGCAUUGAAAGACUCAUGUGCUGAUUGAUGUAUCACUGAAUUUGAGCUGAUAAAUAUCAGAAUCAUGAUGAAAACCACUUGAGUCUUUGGGGAUGGGCAGGACUCUGGAUCUUCCUGGCCACUGGCUUUCAGCUGUGCCAGGCCAGCUCUGGUGGCUGCUGAUGCUGUGCUUCAGGUCCCCUCCCACUGCCCAGGCUCCCCUGAGGCCAGUACAUUAAAGAACAAAUGCAGACCCAGACCCCUCUGGCUUAGCUGACUGGCGGUGUUUCCUGGAUAUCCCUUUAAAACUGUUAUGUCCUAAAUAAGGAUGGUGGUUUAUCCAAUUCCCAAUGUUUACAAAAAUCCAAGGCAAAACUAUCCUCAUGAUGCUUGAAAGGGUAUUUAUUACAUGAUUGGGAUUCUGGGGAUUUAUUUGGGGCUCUAUUAUUUGGGUUAUCUGGUUGAUAUGUACACUUGAAAGGAAACAGAAUGAUCUGUGGGCUGCCCCAGCGGCCAUAAAGAGAACUUCCGUCUGCAGGUCAGAGUGUGAAGCAGAGGCCAUCCAGGUGUCCUGGCCACAGGUGAGUGUGAAGUUGGAGGGUACCUGUUGCCAUCUUCUGGUCAUAGUAUGGAAUUUAUCAGCUGCAGAAGUUUCUAUGUGGGGAGCUCUUUAGAAAGUUAGAACAAUGGGCAGCCUAUUCCAAAUUCAGAAGCGCUAGCUAGGGCUGACUAAUCUUACCUUGUUACUAAAGUUAAUUCUGGGUUUAGAGUUGAAAUACGUCUAAGGAGAGAGUUGAGAUAAGGUAACAGUGAGUGACCAUCAGGAAAACAGAAACCACUCUAGGUGUUUUGAACAGAGGAACUUUAAAUACAAAGGGAUUGCAUUUAAAUACAAAGGGAUUGGUUACAGAAGUGUUGGAAGGGCAAAGGGGGAGUGCAGUUAUCUAGAUUAGUGAUUACGGAAGCCUCUCUCAGCCCUCAGCUGGCGGAGGGGACAAGGGUGUUACCCCGCAGCCCAGGACAGCUGUGUGGCUGGAGCAUUUUGCUGCAAGAGUCUGGAAGCCCAAGCUAUGAAUCAGUGCCCCUGGGCACCCUGUUGCCACAGUGAGUGAGGCCACCGUGAGGACAGGAUUCAUGCCCCCUUCCUCAUUUCUUCUCCAUCCCCAGUCUCCUGUCUUCCCCACGAUCUCAAGCCAGGGAGAGAGUGACAGGAGCCCUGCUCUGGAAGGCAGGAGACCUGGACCCCAGUUUUUCAUGUGCUGACUGGCUGUGUGACCUGGGAUUGGCCCUCUCUGGGCCUCUGGGGAGAAGGACAGAGAUGUCCUGGCAUGUGGCAGGAGCCCUCGGUAGGGUACCUGUGUUGUGGGCUUGCGUCUCAAGCUGGCAUCUGGUAGGAUUUAAUGAGGAAAUGCCCAUUAAGUGCUGGAUUAGUCCAGCUUCUGGCAGGAAACUGAUGGCAUCCCCAGGAGAUGAGAGUCUAACGAGGUGACUCCUUACAGAGCUCUGGGCAUAAAGGAAGCCAACAAAGGGUGGUGAAGCACGGUCGUUACCAGCCCUAGGCCUCAAGGGGCUGGGAUUGGGUAGUUAUUGGGACCACUGGGGGCUGUCGCUGAAAGAGGGGCCCUCACGAACCAAGGCCUUAGGAGGAAGACAGCAGCCACUGCCCCUCUGCAGCUUGGCAGGGAGGAUGCUGAUGGAAUAAGCACCUUGGCUCCUCUGCCUCCUUGUGCCCAGCCUCCUGUCAGCACCUCCCAUUGGCCAGGCCCACAUGGAAGCCUGAGGGAAGGGGGCCCGGCUGAUGCAGACCAGGGGUCAGCUUCUGGAGUAGGGUGGAAGGGGGCUGAGUGGGCCAGAGGGCUAACAGCACAUCCAACACCACGCCCUACUGCCCUAUAAGGCACAUAGUAGGUACGUGUCGUCCAAGGCCACGGGGUGAUUGCCAGAGCAGGACUUGGUUUCUGGCCUCCCAGUUCCCAGCUGUUUUCCACCACACCCCACGUCCUGGUGCUCCUUGGCAGGUGCUGCAGUCACCUGAAGAACUUCUGAACCCCGGUUUCUUAGGACUGAUUUGGUCUCCUUGCCUUCUGUCCAGGCUGGGUGGGAUUAGGACCCAAGGAAGAUACCGAGCUGCAGGCUGUGGAAGGCAUGCCUGUCGACAGUGUCAUCUCAGGGCAGAAGAAUUCAGCCAAGGCAGGGCACAGGGUUCGAGGGCCAGUGCAUUUGUGUUUCUCACACCAGCAGGAAUGUGUGCGUCACUGCCACAUGCAUGCCCAGAGGGCCCCUCUCACCAGGAAGCUGGUGCAUGCGUGCGUGAGUGGGUUAGUGUGUGUGUGUGUGUGCACGUGUGUAUGUGAGUUGCUCUGUGUGUGUCUGUGUGGCACUGGGAGUAGGCAGAGGCUGUGGACUCUUGAAGAUGGGUGUCCUGGUGGAAAGCCCCAUGGACUCAGCCUGAGAACUGGGCUGUGGCUGGAUCCUGCCACUGACCACCUUGGAGCAAUACUGUCUCUUUCCUGAGGCUAGGAUUUCUAGAAGAUGUGGGUUUUAGGCACUUUUUCAGAGGCGGUAUCUGUGAAAGCGGUCACAGGAGAAGCCUCAGGGCUUCGAGAGACUUCAAAGCAAGAGCUGGCCCUUCAUGUCCCAGGAGCCAGGCCUGACCCUGGCAGGGGUGAGCGGGGCAACUGGCAGGCAGUCUGCUUCCUGCACCUGACAUGGCUCCUCUGGGGAGCCGAGGCCAGGCUGA